GCGGAGAGCUUGCCUUCUUGCUUCAUUUGGCGAAGGAGCUAGCUCGAGGAGAUCUAGCGGUGCAGGCAGGUAGCAGAGGGAUCGGAGGGGAAUUGAAAGCGCGCGGAGAAAUGGCGUCCUCCUCCGCUGUCCCUUCCAGCGCGUCCGCCGCCGCCGCCGUCGCCGUCGCCGCGGCGGUGCUGCUGCUCGCCGCCAUCGGAGCCCAGGCCGAGACGAGAAAGUACCAGUUCGAUGUGCGGAUGGCGAGCGUGACGCGGCUGUGCGGCACGAAGAGCAUCGUGACGGUGAACGGGCAGUACCCGGGCCCGACGCUGUUCGCGCGGGAGGGCGACCACGUCGAGGUCGCCGUGGUCAACCGCUCCCCCUACAACGUCAGCCUCCACUGGCACGGCGUGCGGCAGCUGCUCAGCGGGUGGGCGGACGGGCCCUCCUACAUCACGCAGUGCCCCAUCCAGCCCGGCGGGAGCUACGUCUACCGCUACCAGAUCGUGGGGCAGCGCGGCACGCUGUGGUGGCACGCCCACAUCUCCUGGCUCCGCGCCACCCUCUACGGGCCCAUCGUCAUCCUGCCCCCCGCCGGCGUGCCCUACCCGUUCCCCAAGCCCGACGAGGAGGUGCCCCUCAUGCUCGGCGAGUGGUGGAGGAACGACACCGAGGCGGUCAUCGCGCAGGCGCUGCGGACCGGCGGCGGGCCCGACAUUUCCGACGCCUACACCAUCAACGGGCUCCCCGGGCCUCUCUACAACUGCUCGGCGCCGCAGGACACGUUCAGGCUGAAGGUGAGGCCCGGCAGGACGUACAUGCUCCGGCUCAUCAACGCCGCGCUCAACGACGAGCUCUUCUUCUCCGUCGCCAACCACACGCUCACCGUCGUCGACGUCGACGCGCUCUACGUCAAGCCCUUCACCAUCGACACCCUCGUCAUCGCGCCGGGGCAGACCAGCAACGUGCUCCUAGCCGCCAAGCCGGCGUACCCGGGCGCGCGAUACUACAUGGAGGCGCGGCCCUACACCAACACGCAGGGCACCUUCGACAACACCACCGUCGCCGGGAUCCUCGAGUACGAGGACCCCUCCUCCGCCGCCGCCAGCAGCAGCAACCUCCCAAUCUUCGCGCCGACCCUGCCGCAAAUCAACGACACCAACUUCGUGGCCAACUAUACCGCCAAGCUCCGCAGCCUCGCGAGCGCCACGUACCCUGCGGCGGUGCCCCAGAGCAUCGACCGGCGCUUCUUCUUCACCGUGGGGCUCGGCACGCACCCGUGCGCCGUCAAUGGGACCUGCCAGGGCCCCAACGGGUCCCGGUUCGCGGCGUCCAUCAACAACGUCUCCUUCGUGCUGCCCACGACGGCGCUGCUGCAGGCGCACUUCGCCGGCAGGUCCAACGGCGUCUACGCCACCGACUUCCCCGCCGUCCCGCUGAUGCCGUUCAACUACACCGGCCCGCCGCCGAACAACACCAACGUGAUGAACGGGACCAAGGUGGUGGUGCUGCCGUUCGGCACCACCGUGGAGCUGGUGCUCCAGGACACCAGCAUCCUGGGCGCCGAGAGCCACCCGCUGCACCUGCACGGCUUCAACUUCUACGUCGUCGGCCAGGGGUUCGGCAACUUCGACCCCGCCAGCGACCCGGCCAAGUUCAACCUCGUCGACCCCGUCGAGCGCAACACCGUCGGCGUGCCCGCCGGCGGAUGGGUCGCCAUCCGCUUCCGUGCCGACAACCCAGGCGUGUGGUUCAUGCAUUGCCACCUUGAGGUGCACAUGAGCUGGGGGUUGAAGAUGGCGUGGCUGGUGCAGGACGGGAGCCUGCCGAACCAGAAGCUGCCGCCUCCACCGUCGGAUCUGCCUCAAUGCUAGCAACAAAACGAACUCAUCCCCCAUCUCAACACCAAUGGCCCAUAUCGAUGAUCUCUUCGCUUCACAAGUUCACUUGCAUCAUUUCCCACCAAAUCACACUGCCUCAAUGCCGUUCAUUUUGCUAUUACAUAUGAUCGAUCGUGUUCGUCGUAUCUCAUGAUUAAUUCCUUGUUGGUGUGGUUUUUUUUUCAAAGUAAUUGAUUAUUCCUCAGGCGACUGACCAUGUCAGAUAAGUGUUUCCUUCUUUUUGUUCCAUUCAGCGGCAUUGUUGUCACCUUUCUUGUAGCUCAAAAGCUUGCCCUGCAGCUUUUUGUGUCUUUUGUAUCUAAUUCAAUGUAACCUUGAUCUUACUUGCCGCCGUAAUUAAUAAAGA